AUGCCUGUCAUUUUCCGUCCUGUACGAAGACCAAGAGCUUCGGGUCCUCGUGCAGCAAAGCUGGAGUCGCACAACCUGAUGGGGACGUACCGAGAGCAGAGCUACGGAGUAGAGCUUCGCGGCCUAGGACAGGACGGAAAGGGCGGCGUGGGUCGUUGGGAAGCUGCACAAGCAAGGCCGUUGCAGCUACGGAAAUUGCAACUGAGCAAAUACAGCUGGGAUAUUAUAAGAUACCUUAAUGCGCAAGCUUCUGAGGUACUUGAACACUUGAAUUGCGCCGUUCCAGCGGGUCUUUGCAUGCUGAGGUACCUUUACCUAGUCCCGGCGUGUUUGGGAGCAACCCACCCUGAAGGUUCGCGCGCUGAAAAGCAAUGGACUCGAACGGCUGCCAAGGAAGGUCAGAGCUUGUGCACCUUUUCGGACUGUGCCCCGGCCUGGUCAUACCUCACCUCACUUGUCGCGGGCGUGAAAUUUUCCUCAUCACAAAGGCCUUCUUUCCUGUGUUUGUUCGUGUUCCUCAAUCCAUUCCCCUACUAUAUGAGAAUUCCAGAGGUAGAAAUGAAGGCUCAACGGCCACACGCGACUCAGAUAUUUCAGGCCAUUCUUGCCGAGGCUCGACACUCGUUCCUUCAACCUUGUCUUAUUACUGCCACGGUAGCGGAACUGGAGGCACGAGACAUUGCUGCAGCUUCUGCUAGCCCGGCACAAGGUUUCUCAAGGAAGAAAAAAACAAAGAAAAAGAUUGGCAAGGCUGGCACGCAGACCCCUUUCUUCUCCCAGACUUUGGACCUCCCUGUCCAUUUCUGGUGCCUUCAAGCCCCCAAAUCACUCGAUAUUUCUCUUCAGCUUUCCAAUUUCCCUCCAUUACUGGGCCUUCAAUGGGCAUUUCAGUUGAGCAAUUUCAUCUUCAUGCUCACAGAGGCCAAGUAUCAAACCGUUCUUACGUGCAUAACCAUUGCUAGCCGCCACAGUCAUCCUGCACGCUCAGGUAGUGUACAAAGGUUUCCGGAGGCGGAAAACUGCCCGUGGGCAGAGGUCACCAACCCCUCCUUCCCCACCCUUCAAGCUAUCGAAGCUGUCAGCCUGAAGCUGGGAAAGUCUGCGUACCAUCUUCCCCGCAUCUACCGGCUGCCUUCCUUUACCCCCCUCCGAGGCCCAGACUCGCAUCGCCUGCCGUUGGGAAGCUGCGAGCUCCUUGCACCUCCCCUCCCGCAUGUCUUGCCCACGGCUCCUGGACCUAUCGUGCUGUCCAAUCUAGGUAGUGAUCCGGGACAUGGGGGCUUCCUCGAUCGGAGAAAGAUGCUUCCCAUCAGGAAAAAGACAAAGGACCCAUGGAAAGGCGAACCGAGCCAUGCGCCGGAUUAA